AUGGGAGAGUGCCAACAAAAAAUUCAAGAAGAACUUGAUGAAGUAAAAAAAAAUAUGUCCAGCAUGAUGGAAUUGACGGUUAACAUGUCUAAGGACAUUGCCAACCUUUCACAACCCAAACCCACCUUUGAGGAAACCCCACAACCACCUCCACGGGAUGGUCGUCCACACUACCACCAACGAACCAUCCUUAGGACACCAUUGUAUGUGGAAAACCUAGGAGAUAGUAAUGAUUCAUCUAGUGAAUUCGAAGUGCCUAGGAGGAGAAGGUUUGAUGAUGAUAAGGGUCUUAAAGUAGACUUACCCGAAUUCAAUGGAAGUCUUGACCUAAAUGACUUCAUUGAUUGGUUGCAUGAGAUUGAACGGGUAUUUGAAUUUAAGGGCUACAAUGAUGAAAAGAGAUGUAAAGUAGACAUAUUAAAGUUUAAGGAGUAUGCCUCCUUGUGGUGGGAAAAUACAAGGAAGAAGAGAGAAAGAGAAGGGAAGACUAGAAUUAGGUCAUGGGAGAAAUUGAAGAGAGUGUUGAAGAAAAGGUUCUUGCCUGAUAAUCACAAGCAAGACCUUUAUCUGAAGCUCCAUAAUUUGAAGCAAGGAGAUAGAAAAGUUGAAGAGUAUAUUCGGGAGUUUGAAGGGUUGAUGUUGAGAAGUGAUAUUCCCGAAGAGAAAGAGCAUACAAUUGUAAGGUUCAUUGGCGGUUUGAGUAAGGACAUUGCAUACAAGCUUAAGUUGCAAACUUACCAUUCCUUUGAGGAUGUUUGCAAGCUGUCCACAAGGAUUGAAAAGCAAUUGAAGAGCAUGAAUUCCUUGGCCCCUAAGAAACUCUUUAAGGAAAGUAACUACCAAAGGGGUUCACCUUCCUGCACCAACCCGUAUAUGGCACCUACGGCCUAUGAUAAGAACAAAGCCAAUGAAACACCAAAGGAGAAAAUAGGUUUUGUGAAGAAUGAUGCUCUACAGCCUGAUUUGAAGAACAAGAAGUGUUUCAAGUGUCAAGGUUAUGGACACUUCCAAGCAAAUUGUCCAAACUGA